AUGCAAACCUCGGAUGCAUCGAGCAUCCCGAACACUGCGCGUUUGAUCCCACCUUCCAAAUACAACUUGAACGGUGACACCGGCUUUUCUCACGGCGCCUAUCACUCCAACCACAAUCCCCAAGGCUUUUCCCAGCGUUCCCGUCGCGCCAAUAUCCCUGCUAUAAAUACCGCUGCCGCUGGCCAAAACGCCGAUAUGGCCUCAGCCGGUUAUGAUAUGAACUUUACCCCCCUGUUACCUUCCCAAUUGCUGGUCGGUAGUCCAUUCCAGCCUGGCACUCCCUCGGCCUUUGCCUCGCCACAGUUUGCCAACUUCGGUGGUUUCCCGCAAGUCAAUGGCAACGGUCAUGCGCAUAACUCCCAACACCAUCAUCUGGGCAGCCCCACUCAAGGGAUGCAGAACCAGGGUUUAUACACCGGAAUGAUGUCGGAUGGAUUGGGCGCAUCUCAACUGUUGAGCCCUCAAUCGCCUAUCAAUGGUUUCAAUGGAUUGGGUGGCUUGGGAAAUACCGCUCUGGGAGGUCCCGCGGCAUCUGUAUCACCAGCCAUGCUGGCAAGCACCAGUCGCACUGUGUACUUGGGUAAUAUUCCAGCUGAAACAAGCGCCGAGGAAAUCCUAAACCAUGUGCGAAGUGGUCAGAUCGAGUCAGUGCGUCUUCUUCCCGAUAAGAACUGUGCUUUCAUCUCUUUCCUCGACAGCAGCUCCGCAACUCACUUUCACUCUGACGCCAUCUUGAAGAAGCUGGCUAUUAAGGGAAAUGAUAUCAAGGUGGGCUGGGGUAAGCCAUCUCAGGUGCCCACAUCAGUUGCGCUGGCUGUGCAGCAGUCGGGCGCAUCGCGCAAUGUGUAUCUUGGAAAUUUACCCGAGGAGACAACAGAGGAUGAAUUGCGUGAGGAGUUGGGCAAAUUUGGACCAAUUGAUACAGUGAAGAUCGUAAAGGAAAAAGCGAUUGGGUUUGUGCAUUUCCUCUCUAUUAGUAAUGCCAUGAAGGCAGUGACGCAACUGCCCCAAGAGCCGCAGUGGCAAGCGCCCAAGCGCGUGUUCUACGGUAAAGACCGCUGCGCCUAUGUCUCCAAAACCCAACAACAAAAUGCUGCUCAAUUCCUGGGAAUUGCACCAGGAUACGCACAUGUUCUUAACUCUGCAGACCGAGACUUGAUUUCCAAUGCACUUGCCCAGCAAUCGGUUGCUGCCGCCGCGGUCGCUACUACUGCGGGAGGUGUCAACAACUUGGGCAACCGCACUAUUUAUCUCGGAAACAUCCACCCAGAAACCACCAUCGAGGAGAUUUGCAACGUGGUUCGUGGCGGUCUUCUUCACCACAUCCGUUACAUCCCCGACAAGCACAUAUGCUUCGUGACUUUCAUCGACCCAACCUCCGCAGCCUCGUUCUACGCUCUGAGCAACCUGCAAGGCUUGAUGAUCCACAACCGACGAUUGAAGAUUGGAUGGGGCAAGCAUUCGGGACCUCUUCCACCUGCGAUUGCCCUGGCUGUAAGCGGUGGUGCGUCGCGUAAUGUCUACAUUGGAAACUUGGACGAGACUUGGGCGGAGGAGCGAUUGCGCCAGGAUUUUAUGGAAUACGGAGAGAUUGAGUUGGUGAAUACAUUACGGGAGAAGAGCUGUGCCUUUGUGAACUUCACAAACAUUGCCAACGCCAUCAAAGCUAUUGAAGGCAUGCGCAACCGGGAGGAAUACCGGCGGUUCAAGAUCAACUUUGGCAAGGAUCGCUGUGGUAACCCACCUCGCCAGGCCGGAAACCAAGGUCAGAACUCCCAGAACCGUAACGGGGCUGGCAUGGAUGGACCUCAAUCUUCCUCUCCUGCCUUGAAUGGAUUCCAGCCAAACCUGAGCCAAUCUGGCUCUCAAUCCAGCCCAACCCGCCCUGCCUUAUCCCCUGCUCCUGGCUCUACUGGCUCUCAAAAUGGCCAGCAGCGUCACCCCCUGCAGGCUGUCUCCUCUCCAUCUAGUGUUUUGAAUGUGGGCUCAAACAACCCACUCACUAUGUACCUUAACCAGAUGUCUGCCCAGCAAGCCCAGGACCAAGAGAACCACCUCCAUGAUCCCAUGGCUUUGGCUGGUCUGCAAGGCCAGUCUCAGGCAUCCCAGCAGUCGCUAUACAAUGGCCACACCAAUGGCGAGCUGUCUAAUGGAAAUAUGGAUGCACCUCUGCAUCAACACCAACACCAGCACCAACAUCAACAUCAACAACACCAGCAUCAGCAUCCCCAUCAACAUAAGUCAUCUGCCAACGGCUACUUGAGUGUGGGUGGUUCAUCUGGGCCCGGUCACCAUGCCACUGCCAGCACUAGCAGCCUGAGCGUGCCCCGGGCACAGCACUCCCGCGCUGUUAGUCUGCCUUCUUUCUCCCAGGAGCCCUUUGGUCCAAUCUCAGGACAACCUGGUCACAUCCGUACUGGCACAACCCACCAGCCUCAGAGCAGCUUCUCCAGCUUUUCAUCCGGUCUGGGUGGACUGAACCACUCUGGAUUCGGAUUGGCCAUCCAAAAUGAAAACUCCCUUCCCGGAUGGGCAGAGGAGGAAAUUGGAGCCAAAUAA